AUGUCCGCCCCAAUCCGUACGACCAUCCUAAUCUCAGGGAGCGGCUCCAAUCUACAAGCCGUGAUCGAUGCCGUGGCUGCAGGCCAGCUCAACUUGAACAUCGUGCGCGUGCUCUCCAACCGCAAGGAUGCCUUCGGCCUCGAGCGCGCCCGGAAGGCCAACAUUCCAACGCAUUACCACAACCUGGUCAAGUACAAGAAACAACAUCCCGCCACGCCGGAGGGCAUCCAGUCCGCACGCGAGGAGUACGAUGCAGAGCUCGCCCGCCUGAUCUUGGCCGACCAGCCGGAGCUGGUGGUGUGUCUCGGCUUCAUGCAUAUCCUGUCGCCGCCAUUCCUGGAACCGCUGGAGAAGGCCAAUGUGCGCAUUAUCAAUCUGCAUCCUGCCCUGCCGGGGGCAUUCAAUGGUGUGAAUGCUAUUCAACGCGCACAUGCUGCGUGGCUGGAGGGUAAGAUCGACAAAACGGGAGUGAUGAUCCACGACGUGAUCUCGGAAGUGGACAUGGGCAAGCCGGUUCUUGUGCGGGAGAUCCCGUUCCAAAAAGGGCAAGACGAGGACUUGGACGCCUUCGAGAAGAGAGUGCAUGAGACAGAAUGGGGCACCGUCGUUGAGGGCGUGGGGUUGGUGCUGCAGGAACUCUCGGCCCAAAAGCAAAAUUCCAACGCGUAA